AUGGAAGCCAAAAUUCUGACAGUGAGCAGAAAUCCAGCAGUGACUGCAGCAUACCGGAAGUUGAAACAUAAACCAAGAUAUCCCUGUGUGGUUGGAGUGGUGACAAGGCCUGCGGAUGGCAUUAAAGAAGAAACAAGACAAACCAAUGUCUACAAAGACAACUGGUUUGAUCGCUUGGCUCUACAUCAUCUUUCUAAGAACGUUCAAAAGGCAUCAGGACUCUAUAACAGCAAGAGUGGAUAUGACAGCUUGGUUGAGGCAGCCACUGUGGUUUCUCAGAAAUUCAAUCCUUCCCAGCAACGUGAAAUUGUCAUUCAAGCUCUCGACAGAAGCUUCCCAAGGCCCAUACUUUCCUUUAUAAGGACAGUGCUGCCGCGAUCUAGAUUGGCAAGGGAAUAUUUUGCCGCCUUCACUACUUUGUUUUUUGCUUGGUUAGUCGGGCACUGCGAGGUGAGGGAAUCGGAGGUCAACGGGAUAAGAGAGAAAAAUGUUGUCCACAUAAAAAAGUGCAGGUUUUUGGAACAGACAAAUUGUGUUGGGAUGUGCGUGAAUCUCUGCAAAAUGCCAUCUCAGUCAUUUAUAAAGGACUCCUUGGGUAUGCCAGUCAACAUGGUUCCAAAUUUUGAUGACAUGAGUUGUGAGAUGAUAUUUGGCGAGGAUCCUCCAGCAUCAACAGAUGAUCCAGCACUAAAGCAACCAUGCUAUAAACUAUGCUCGGUAAAGAAGAAACAUGGGAUGAACUGCCUCAAUUAAUGGCGAUGGUAUGGAAUGAGUAGCUCGUGAAUGGAUCGACUUUGUUUCUAAACCUUAGACUCGCCAAUUUAUGCAUACAUGUCAGAAAUUUGAGAUGUUCAAUAUCCUCUAGCUGGGUUUCAAUGUUAAUCAGAAAGAACGAUAAGUGGCAACUGCUAUCAUCCACAAGAAAGAAGCACGGGAUACUAUUUCUCAAAAUCCAUAGACUGGCAAACCGCUCAAACUUAAAACUCAGUUUGGGAAACUUUUCCACUCAGACAUAGGUUCGGUGGUUUAUCAGUGUUUGGUACAUGGAAAGACUUGUUUCCAGACUUUCGAAAAACUAGUUGUAAGAUGCAAGAGCACGAUAAAUAUGAAAAAUUUAAAUUUCGAGUUUUUUCUCCACCAUGCGGUGGAGGUUGGAUUGAGUCCGUGAAGGACAUCAUCAGUGUCCUUUAUCUAUAAUUGCAAAACCAAAUAGUUUUCCCUUUAUAAGAAGUAUUUUUUGACUCGAAAAUUGUUGUAGGCUUUUAGG